AGAGUGUAUUUUUUAGAUUAGGGAUAGGAAUCUCAUUUCCGUUCAUUUGACAGCAAUGUUGUCAUAGUUUUGGGAUUUCUUUCCGGUUUACAACUUGUGGCAGAUAAGUUGGUUUUAGAAGAAGUUGUUCAGCAGCAAACGCAAUGGCGAAAUCCAAGAAUCAUACUAAUCACAACCAAAACCAAAAGGCCCAUAAAAAUGGCAUCAGUAAGCCGAAACGACAGAGGAAAGAAACUACUCGCGGUAUGUGUCAAAAGUUUCUGCGCAACCUUCGAUUUUCGAAAAAAGGUAAUCUAUCCCGCGAGGAGGCUUUGAAGCGGGCGGAGGAGCGUAAGGCUAAACUGGAAGGACAACCUAAACCAGUUAAGUUGUAAACCAACGAUUACAGUGACGAUUGUAUUCUAAGGUUUGAAAUAUAUCGUUCUUCAUUCCGAAGAUGUGCGGUUAAAAUAAUGUCUAUACACAGAAGUUUCGAA